AUGGGCGGAUCGUCGCGGCUUGAUAUGCAUCUCUCAGAGCCAGGUUCGCUGCUUGUGGCUCGUCCGAUUGACGGCACAGUUGCUGGUCUAAACACUCAGAAGGCCCCGGCGACAGGCACGGAAUCCGAUCGUCCAAAGCACACUAUGAACUAUCCACCGCCUCCAGUGUCGCAACCCGCGAUGUCUUCCACAGAGUACGUGUCAUCAAAGAAUGGUUCCAGAAGUGAUCUGCCGGAUAUUGCGAUACAUCCUGGAAGCUUUGCUUCACGCCCGCAACCGAUAUGUACCUCGCCAAAGCAUGAUUCCGCUCAUGAUCGUUCGUCGCAAGCUCCGUCUGAAUACUCUAUACCCGACGGACAAUCGCGAACACCCAGUCUGUCUCUCCACGCAGGGCAAGAGAGGGGUGGUUCCUCUUCAGGGUUUGACAAUUUACCUCGAUUUGUUGCCGGUCGCAAAAGGACUGCAACAGGCGACAUUAAGCUGUCAAAAACUUCAAUAGCACCUGCUCGCGCAGGUGUCGAUGGCUCGGAAACCUACCAUGCUGGAAAUGCUCAGUCUUCCUCCCAUGGAAGUAGGAUUGCCGCGGUAAAUUGA